UUUUUUUGUUUAUAUUUGUUAAUAUUGAAUCAAAUUAAUGAAGAUAUUAUUUUUUAUUUUAUUGAAUGUUAAUCGAAUUUCAAAUAUGUUUAAAAUAUUCAUAUAUUAUAGAGCGUAUAAUAUAAAUUAUUUAAAAAACAUGAUAUUUGAAAAGAAAAGAAAAAACUUAAUUUCAUAUUUAUAACGAAACAAAUUUCCAAAAUAUAAAUAUAAUAUUCAAUAAUAUUAUAUCGUUUAAUAUUUAAGUCUCGAUCCAUCGAAAUACAAUCGAUGCUAAAUCGCAAAUAUAAGAAAAUUUGAAGUAACCAAAAACUUGGAGUAACAACUAUUUUAACAAGUCCUUAUGAACAAUAACUUAUAAAAUAAUAAAAUAGUAGAAAUGAAUUCUUAAUGAACGGUAUAACAUAAAUAGUUUUAAAUAACAUAUGUAAUGCUGAAAUUUUCAACUUACACAGGGAUUUGGAUUCUUACCAUCCUUCUUUUAAUUGCUCCUGUCAUCAAAACCAAAAAAUAUAAUAUUGUUAAUACUGAAUUUUCCACAUGUCAUUACCAUAAUUAUUAUUAUUAUUAUUCCCAAAAUUGCGGCAAUAACGCAUUGUCAAAGUCCACGAAAGGGAAUAACAAGUAUCCGAAGUAUCCGAAGGUUGGCUACAGAUGGAAACGAAGAACAUUAUGCGCAAUUUUUAAUAGGGAAAAAUAUUCUACGGAAAAAUUGGAAAAUAAAGAAGAAAGGGAUACGAAAAGGAAGACGUUAUUAGAUUACGAUGGGCCUCAUAUUUUCACGAAUGAUAUCGAUGAUUCCGAUUCUUUAAAAGCACACGUACGAGUGAAAAGAAGUAAAUCGGAACCAAUUGUAUAUCGACAAGAUUAUUUGAAAGAUUUGGCUAACUCUUUUCCUCAAGAUAUUCGUGAAUCAAUUGGAAAAAAUUCUUAUAACGGUGACGCAACAUUGCUCGAUACGAAACGAGAAAUUAAUUAUAUUCAAAUUAAUGAACAUCGAAAGGAGAAUGAAGAUCGUUCGAAACAUCUUAACGCUGCGAUUUCUGCGUACGAAAAUAACGAAGAUAAAUCCAAGAGUAAUAAUUUUAUCGGUUCGUCAUCAUCCGAUGUAACUAAAGUAAACACGUUAGAAAAGAAAAAUAUAAAAUUCGUAGAUAAGACACCAGGUAAAGAAAUUAAAACGUUGCAAAAAUUAUCGUUGAAUAGUAUGCUUAAUACGAAUCGGCAGUCGGACGAAAAUUCAGAAAUUGAAAAUUUGCCAGAUCCUAUGUUAGCCGUUGAAUUAGUUAGGAAAAAACGAAACGAUUACGCAAACGUGAAUGAUAAGGACAAUAAAGAGUAUUUAAGAGAGAAAAAUUCUCUCUCGUUUGAUUCUCAAAAUACGAUUGAUGAAAAAGAAAAAUCUAAAUCUAACGAAAAAAAACGAUCGAUACUCGAAUCAAAUAUAUUUGAUAAGAAUUUAAAUCCAUCGGAUUCAAUUAAAGAUAUGAAUGUAAAUUUACCACGGAUCAAAAGAAAAGAGAAAGACAAUGAUGGAACAAAAACGAAGUUAAAACGGAAAAAGAAAAAACAUAUGGGAAAGAAACAUGAUGGAUCGAACAAUUUUCUACGAUCGGUAAAAGACGUACAUUCGAAAGAUACAAACCGAUCGAAAGUGCCUCGCAAGAAAAAAACGAAUAAAACGAAGAACAAGGAUAAAUUAAAAAAAGAAAGAACUAUUAAUGCGAUAGAUAAGAAAAGUAAUGAAAAUAAUUUUCAUCAUAGAUUCGUAAAAUCGAAAAACUUGAUCGAUAGAAGAGAUAUCGAUCCUUUCUUUAAAAAUAUUGAAUCAGUACACGAAAAAUUAAAAACAUCUGAUAAGAAUAAAAUGAAUGACGAUAUGUUGAAAUAUGUUUCAUCAAUUUCCUCUGUUGCGCGAAAAAGUCCAAUAGAAGAAACAAAAAACAAUGAUGACGAUUCAAAUACUGGAAUAGACGAAAAUACGAAUGCGUUGAUGCAGAAGCGAAACGAGAAGCGGAAAAGUUUUGUGGAAAGUAAAGAAAAUUUGAUUACUUUGCCGCCGCAAGAUUCAAAAUUACGUAUAAAAAGAGAUAAAAAUGCCGAAUCGAAUCAUGGCUUUUUAAAUAAAGAAGAGGAAUUAAAAUAUUACGAGAACAUUCGGGAACCGGGCUCUGAAAUAAAUCGAUGUUCUAAUCGAGACAAAAAUCAACUUUCAAUGGUUAAUGAAAUGAAUACUAAUCGAGCGGUACGAUCGAUUGAAGAAGUUAAAGAACUCGCGAAAAAAUUAGUAACGAAAGUAAGUGAGCUUCAAAAUUAUUUAAACAUCGAAGAAAACAUAAAAAAUGAGAAAGAAAACAGAAAAAUUAAAACGCGCGCGAUAGACGAUUUAUGUUCAAAUGUUAGCACUGCUUGUGACGUUUUUAAAGAAUCGCCAAAAAUUGUUCAAAAAUGUAUAUCGAUAAAUCAUGAACUUGGAUCUACAAAAACGUCAAAAAUUCUCGAGAGAAAGGUGAAUCCAACUCAAAUUACCAAUGAGCACAAUAAACUCGUUAAGAUUCCGAAUAAAGAUACUAUGGAAGAGAAAAGAUCGGUGAGUAGACGUAUCGUUAAAAAUACGUCUCCAAAUACUCCAAGGAUAAGCCGUGAAAAUGAAAAUGAAUCAAAAUCUAACAAUAAAUGGGGUAAAUGGACAGAUUGGAGUAGUUGUAGCGUUACUUGUGGUAAAGGCCGUCAAAUAAGAUGGCGGUACUGUUUACGCGAUUGUAGCACAGCAGAGACCGAGAUGGAGGAAAAAGCUUGCCAAUUACCCGCUUGUCCACCAGGAAAAUUUCUUGGUAUAUUUUGAUAAUUGGUUAUAAUUGUUAACGAUAAUAUUUUCCUACGAAUGAAGCAAAAUGGCUUCUGGAUUGUUUAUGUUAAUCUUAAUUGUCGAUGUCAAUGUCAAUGUAAGAUUUAUACGAUAUGUUUUUAAAAAAUAAGUACAUAUAAAAUGUAUGUUAUAAAAAAAGAAAAAGAAAAACAAGGAGAGGAAUAUCGUUAAUAAAGAAAGAAUCAGAAGUAAACAAAUUAAAAUCGUUGAUUUUACUUCUGAGUUAUUAUUUUAGCAAUUAACAGUUAAGAAAUUAUUAUUGAAACGAAUAACCUCAACACUGUUUUGUAACAAAUCGCAUGUAUAUUUUUUUUUCUUUUUUUUGUUUUAUUAGCAAAUACACAAUAUAUAUUAUAUAGAAUAUUUUAAACAUAACUUUUUUUCUCCAUUCGUAUUCAUAUGUAACGAGAUUUCGUUGCUUACAGAACAAUCUAAUCAUUAUGUUUCAAUUACAACGCGAUAGUUUAUUUUUUGUUUCUCCCCCUUCCCUCUUCUUUGUUUAAUUUAAAAUAUCGCAAAAUAUUAGCGAUUGUAAAGAAUUGGGGUAAUUAACAAAUAUUUUGUAAUAUUAUUUCUGUUUUUGUUCUUUUUGUUCUUUCACAAAUAAUGUAAUAUAAUUUUAUUUAUUUUAACGACCCAUGUUUUUUUUUUUUUUUACAUUAGAUCUCUUAUCGUUUACUUAACAACUUGUAUUUCUCUCAUUUAUAUUUUGUUGCUUAUAAACUAAUUUUAUCGUAUAAAUUGUACAAACGUGAUCUUUUUUUCGUGCCAUUUAAUAAUAUACAAAUCGUUGAAAAAUUUCUAAAUACAUAUAAGGCUUUUGAAACGACCUCGUGUGAAUUGUAAUUGUUUAAUUUAAAACGGAGAAGAAAGGGUUAAGAUAAACCGUGCUUACAUCGUAUCAAAGUAUAUAUAUCUACGAUGAAAUAAUAUAGAAUCGUUCGCAUAAAAUUACAUGAAGACAAAGAUCACAGUAAUUGUCACAUCUCAGCUGCAUCGAAUUAUGAAGAGAGAAAACCAGAAUCGAUGGAAUCGAUGCAACGUAUGAGACGAUAGCACAAUUUCUCCUCACGUUUAAUCUAGUACCGUUAGAACGUCAAAAGACGUUUUGUUAUAUUUUUGCAUAUUAAAACUCGUUUUAAUUAUUGUUCAUAACAAUCUCGUACAAUCGUACUUUAUCUUUAAGUUAUCCUUAAUUGUAACCACGAACUUGCGAAUAUUCCGACCGGCGAUCUUAUUAUAAAAUAAUAAUUUAUAAAUGGUCUUAAUCUUCGAUUUCGCUUUGAAAAAAUUUAAAGAUCACCUUUCGCGAGGCAAAUCAAAUUUUAAUCUUUUCGGGCAGAUAUCUGGAAAAAUACGAGAUAUAUGAUAAUGAAAAUAUUUUAAAGAAAAUCAGAUUGUACUGCCAUUUAUUUGAUCUUGUAAAAGAUCGAUUUUUGAUUUUUAAAUUAAAACUUAUUACUAUUUUUACUAUUUUUUAUUACUAUAUUACUAUAUUAUUACUAUAUUAUUGCUGGUAUCAAAACGUUUUCGAAACAUUAUCUAAAAAUCUAAUUUUUGUAUAAGCAAUUCUUAAAAUAUAACGAGGCAUCAACAUUAUCCAACAUUAUACAAAGACGAAUUAUUUAUGAUUUCUUCAUUAGCAUAAUAUUUUGAGCGUUCAUAUUUCAGGAAUCGAUUAUGUAAAAAUUAGAUAAAAUUAGGCAGCGCUUCGAAAAUAUUUUUUGAUGGCAACGAUAAUAAUAUGCAAUAAAAAAUAUAAGUCCUUAACUUAAAAAUUAAACUUGUAAACUUUUAGAAGAUCAGCGUUCAAAGUUAAAUAAAUGCAAAAGAAAAAAAAAAAACACGCUGACCACUAAACCCAUUCUUUUAAUUUUUAUUUUAAGAAAUUGUUUUAUUAUUAAUUUUAAUUUUAAUUUUUAUUUUAAGAAAUUGAAAUUGCUCCUUUUUUUCAAGCGUGUAUAAUUUUUAAUCAACAAUUAAGUUAAAGAAGAAAGCAGAUAAAGAGUCAAAUUAAAAAAUUAUUUUAAUGAAAACUAAUAUUGCUAAUAAAUAUUCCCUAUCCAAGUUUCUAAAGAGAAAUUUAAUAAUUAAAAUUUUGAUGUUCAAAAUUCCAUGAGAUAAUCAAAAUAAUUUUUAUAGCGAAAUUCUAAAUUGUCGAAAUUUACGAACUCUAAAAAAAAAUUCAUCGUCAUUGAUAAAAUAAAAAUAUAUUUAAUAGAAGUGUGAAUUAAAGAGAAAUAAAUCAAGAAAUAAAUAAGAUUUUUACAAAUAAUUUAUAAUAAUCAUUUGGAUCGUUUUGUAAGAUUUCACAUAUCAUUUACUGAUGUGAGAAAAUUUUUGAAACUUUCCAUUACAGCAUUAUUCCAUAUUGCUUUCGCAACGAAUGAGAAAUAAUUGUAAAGUAAUAAUGUAAAAUCUGUUUUCAUACGUAUAAUGGAUUUUGUAAUUUUGUUUGAUUAACGAAUAAAUAUUUCAUAUGCGAUGAAAAAUGAUUUCAUCUGAUUAAAAAAAAUUAAAAAAAAUAUAUAUAUAUAUACAUCCGAGAAUAAUGAUAAAUUAUUAAUAAUCAUUAUAAUAAUAAAAUUAUUAAUAAUUAUUAAUAGUUAAUGAAUAUUCCAACAAACAGAUAUCUAGGGAUAAAGAACUAGGGAAAAUUUAGAAUUUUUUCCUCUAAGGAGGGAACGUAAUGUUCGUUUUCGAUGUUGUUGUCUCAGAAACAUAUGCGCGCCAUCUAAUGAUUAAGAGAUAAUUCAAUACGUUCGUUGCUAUAGAUAAUUCUCGAUAUUUCAGUUCUUAUAUAAGAAUUAUAUAUUGAUUUUAUUACAAAAAAAUGAUUAAAAAAUGAUAACAUUUCUCUUUAGAUCGUUCGAUAAUAUAUAUACUUUAUAUUUUAAUCUCGAUACCGAUAUCGAAUCUUUAUAUUCGCAUCCAGCAAUAUUAUUGAUUAUUAUGAUAAUUACACAAUGUGAUGCAAGUUUCUUUUGUUCUUUUUUUUUACUUUUGUCAACAAUAAGAUUCACGCGUUACGUUUGUUAAAUAUAAUUAAUAACGUAUUUAUCAACAAAGUUUAUAAAUCAUAGCACGAAAAAAAAGACGUGUGAUUCAAUAAACAUGCAGAACAAAAUUAAUAAGUAAAAUGAAUUCUCUUGAUUGCGCAAGUUUUGUUAUAAAAUAAUUUUAAUAAGAUAAGAAAGAUUCAAAUUAAUACGUUAAAGAAAAAAAAAAAUAA